CACGUGGUUGAGGCAUAUGUCAUCAAUCUGUUUUUAAUAAUUCUUAUAUUUCGAAAUAUGAAAUGCAAGAAAAUAACGAAGAUAUAAAGAAACAUUGUUGGGUCUGUUUUGCCACAGAGCAAGACGAUAUGGACGAAUUUUAUCAAAGUGGGUCAAAAUAUUAUUUGCACCAAUGGGUUCAACCUUGUAGAUGUAAAGGCACAACUAAAUGGGUACACCAGGCUUGUCUUCAACGGUGGAUUGAUGAAAAACAGAAAGGAAAUCAGUCACAAGCAGUUUCAUGCCCGCAAUGCAAGUUUCAAUAUGUAAUAUUGUUACCAAAAUCAGGACCAGUUAUAUAUAUUCUGGAACAAAUAGAUAAAAUAAUAUUUAAAAUUUGUCCAUUUAUAGCAGCUGGUAUUAUAGUGGGAACAGUUUAUUGGACAGCUGUUACUUAUGGAGCUGUAACCGUUAUGCAGGUUGUUGGACACAAAGAAGGUCUCCAACUUUUAGAAUCAGCUGACCCUAUGCUUCUAUUGCUUGGGUUACCAGCAAUACCAAUUAUUUUAAUAUUAAGUAAAAUGAUCCGUUGGGAGGACCAAGUUCUUCAGCUAUGGAGAAAACACACUCCAAAAUUAGAUUAUAUUUACAAUAAAAUCUUGUUUCCUGUCUCAUCUGACCAAUCUAUAAUUAAUAGUUCUGAGAGAAUGAAUGAUUUUGAUCAUUUUGCCAACGAUCAUCAAAUUCAAAAUAAUUACGUAUAUGAUAUUCCUCCAACAAAUUCGAGCGAUUCAAAUAGCGAAACAAACUUGCAACAGAAUGGUAAUGGGUUAAAUCACUUGACUUACGAUCAUGUGUCUGCAACACGUGUCCUUUGUGGUGCCAUGAUAUUACCCACUUUAGCUAGUAUUGUGGGAAGGUUUAUAGCUCCUAACCUCAAAUCUCAUCUUCAAAGAACUCUUUUGGGUGGCUUAGUUUUUCUAACCUGCAAAGGAGCUCUCAAACUUUAUUACCGUCAAACACAAUACACCCGCCUAACACAUAGAAAUAUUAUGGAUCAUAGAUUAUCAACAAGUGUAAGUCCUUUAAUUGAGUAUCCCAUUCCUGAUUUGAUCUCACCAACCGGAAGCAGAGAUCGGGACCAUUCUAACAGUGAUAACGAUAUUAAUAUAAAUUCUACAAGCUUAGCUACUAGUGUGCCGCCUUCUUCCAUUUUUCGUCAAAUUUUUGAUUAAAAUUUUUUUCUGUCUUUUUACCAACCCUCAUUUAUUUUAUUUUUUGCAGAAAUAUCUAUUAAUCUUAUUUUAUAAAAUGACUAUACAAUGAAACAACUCUUGAUUGCUUACUUUGCCAAAUUUUAUACUCCACUAUAAUUUUUGAAGUUAAUUCCAAAGAUACUUUAAAAUUUCUUUCAAUUAGUUUUUUUAAUUAUCAUUUUACUCCUCAAACUAAAAAUUACUGUUUUACUAAAUAUGUAUUAUUUUUCUAAUAUUGCUUUUCAUUUACUAUUUUUUUAGAUCAAUUUAUUUUUAUAUUUCAGGUUUUAAACAUUAAUUUGUAAAUCUCUAUACUCAAAUGUAAUAUUACCUGGUUUUCUGAUUUUUAUAAAGAAAACAGAAUAAAGGCCAUGAUUAUAUAUAUAAAGUUAUGUUUAAUCUAAUAUCUACACAUAAAAUUAUACUAAGAAACAUUUAAUAUUAAAUCAUAAGGAUUUUUUUAAAAUUACUCUAUAAAUAAUAUAUAAAUUAUUAACGUCCUUAUAUUUUAU